AUGUGGUCCAACAACAGUGCAGCCCCCUUCUUGCUGACGGGCUUCCUGGGCUCAGAGGGAAUUCACCACUGGAUUGCUAUUCCCUUCUUUACCAUCUAUCUCUCCAUUUUUUGUGGAAAUGCCACACUCCUCAUUGUCAUUUGGAAUGACCACAGCCUUCAUGACCCCAUGUACUACUUCCUGGCCAUGCUGGCGGGUACAGACCUUGGGAUGACACUAACUACAAUGCCCACAGUCCUGGGCGUCCUGAUGCUGGACCAGAGGGAGAUUGCCCAGGGAGCCUGUUUCACUCAGUCCUACUUUAUUCACACACUGGCCAUUGUAGAAUCGGGUGUCUUGCUUGCCAUGGCCUAUGACCGUUUCAUUGCCAUCCGCACCCCUCUGAGGUACAACUCCAUUCUUACCAAAUCCCGAGUGAUGAAGAUUGGGCUGGGGGUUCUAUUGAGGGGCGUUGUGUCCAUUUUGCCCCCAAUCCUGCCACUCUAUUGGUUCCCAUACUGCCGUUCCCAUGUUCUCUCCCAUGCCUUUUGCCUCCACCAAGAUGUCAUGAAACUCGCCUGUGCCGAUAUUACAUUUAAUCGCAUAUACCCAGUUAUUCUGGUUGCUGUGACUGUCUUCCUAGAUGCUCUCAUCAUUGUCUUUUCUUAUGUCUUAAUCCUUAAGACAGUUAUGGGCAUUGCCUCUGGAGAGGAGCAAGCUAAAGCUCUCAACACUUGUGUUUCCCACAUUAGCUGUGUCCUGGUAUUUUACAUCACUGUGAUCGGCCUGACUUUCAUCCACAGGUUUGGAAAGCACGCACCACACGUGGUUCAUAUUACAAUGAGCUAUGUUUACUUUCUCUUUCCCCCAUUCAUGAACCCCAUUAUUUACAGCAUCAAGACCAAGCAGAUUCAAAAAAGCAUUGUUCGUCUAUUUUCUGGGCACACUAGAUCUUGA